GAAGAAGACUUUUUUGAGAGUUUCCUUUUUCAACACCAACUAGAUAUAGACAAGAACCCUUCAUAUAGCCGCCUAGUAGUAAUAAUUCACCAUCUUCUUCUUCUUCUUCUUCUUCACAUGAAUCAAAACUAGAACAAGAAAAAGAACAAAACAACUUUCAAAAAUGGGUUGUGGAAACAUGUUUUUCACAAUCCUAAUAACAUUCUCAGUAACAUUAAUAACAUACAACAUCAUUAUCUCAGGAAACGCACCUUUGAAACAAGAUUUUCCUGGUCCAUCACGUAAACCAUCAAUAAAAAUCGACCCAAUAAUCAAGAUGCCACUUAAUAGAAAAAGUGCUUCUUCUAAGAGAUUAUUUCAUACAGCAGUUACAGCUUCUGAUUCUGUUUACAAUACAUGGCAGUGUAGAGUUAUGUAUUAUUGGUUUAAGAAGAUGAAGGAAAGUGGUGAUGAGAAUUCUGGUAUGGGUGGAUUUACUAGGAUUUUGCAUUCUGGUAAGAGUGAUCAGUAUAUGGAUGAGAUCCCUACUUUUGUUGCUCAACCUCUGCCUUCUGGAAUGGAUCAGGGUUACAUUGUCCUUAAUAGACCAUGGGCAUUUGUACAGUGGCUUCAACAAGCAGAUAUCAAAGAAGAUUACAUAUUGAUGUCAGAGCCAGAUCAUAUCAUUGUGAAACCUAUACCCAACUUAGCCAGAGAUGGAAUGGGAGCUGCAUUCCCUUUCUUUUAUAUUGAGCCUAAGAAGUAUGAGAAAGUGCUAAGAAAGUACUACCCUGAGGAGAAUGGACCUGUAACCAAUAUAGAUCCUAUUGGGAAUUCACCUGUAAUUGUUGGCAAGGAAUCCCUUAAGAAGAUUGCUCCAACAUGGAUGAAUGUUUCCUUGGCAAUGAAGAAGGAUCCUGAAACCGAUAAAGCUUUUGGAUGGGUGCUUGAAAUGUAUGCUUAUGCCGUUUCGUCUGCUCUUCAUGGUGUUGGUAACAUAUUACACAAGGACUUCAUGAUUCAGCCACCAUGGGACAAAGAACUUGGCAAGACGUUCAUAAUUCACUACACUUAUGGGUGUGACUAUUCCAUGAAGGGUGAACUGACAUAUGGAAAAAUUGGAGAAUGGAGGUUUGAUAAAAGAUCUUAUGAUCUUGUUGCUCCAAAAAAUCUGACAUUGCCACCACCUGGUGUUCCGGAAAGUGUGGUGACUCUAGUGAAAAUGGUUAAUGAAGCCGCAGCAAAUAUUCCGAACUGGUCAUCGUAGGGCUUUCUACAGGUGGUUACAGUGUGAUCAGAAUGCAGGGACUGCUUACCAUUUGUCACAGAUUGACAUCAUACAACACCGUGUAUCUGUAAUUCUUAUGUAGAUGACUUUACACCUGAGGCAAACAUGAAUUUUUUCAAUGCUUGGUAAAAAUGUGUUGUGGCUCAGUCUGUCCAAAACACCAUAUUGAAAUAUAUUAUUUUAUUGAUUGUUGUAGUUA